CUGAGGUGACGUCAGAAUGAGCGCUGCUCGUGAGGUUAGUACAGAUUCCGUGUGAGAGCGCUCCGAGUUAGAGAGACGGACAGACGGACGGACACCAGACACACGGCUGUUGGACCUUACAGACUCUUACAUUUCAGUAUUGUUUCUGACCGUCACAACAAGAAGAUGCCACUGGAUGACGAUUGCCAUGCCUGGAAAAAGAAGACCACAGAUGUGAAGGAUCAGUAUGACUUCAAAGAGAUCCUGGGAACGGGAGCUUUCUCUGAGGUGGUCCUGGCUGAAGAGAAGAGGACUCAGAAAUUGGUGGCUAUCAAGUGUAUCCCCAAGAAGGCUUUAGAGGGGAAGGAAAACAGCAUCGAGAAUGAGAUAGCAGUCCUGCACAAGCUUAAACACACCAACAUUGUCACUCUGGAAGAGAUAUUUGAAAGUAAAUCACACCUCUACCUUGUCAUGCAGCUGGUGUCUGGCGGGGAACUCUUUGAUCGUAUCAUAGAGAAGGGCUUCUACACGGAGAAAGAUGCCAGUAAGCUCAUUCAGCAGAUUCUGGAUGCCGUCAAAUACCUCCACGACAUGGGCAUUGUGCACCGUGACCUCAAGCCAGAGAAUCUGCUGUACUACAGCAUGGAGGAAGACUCCAAGAUCAUGAUCAGUGACUUUGGUCUGUCUAAAAUCGAGGGCUCUGGCAGCGUGAUGUCGACAGCGUGUGGAACACCUGGAUAUGUUGCCCCUGAAGUGUUGGCUCAGAAACCCUACAGUAAAGCAGUGGACUGCUGGUCUAUUGGUGUGAUAGCCUAUAUUCUGUUGUGCGGUUACCCUCCGUUUUACGAUGAGAAUGACGCCAAGCUGUUUGAACAGAUCCUGAAGGCAGAAUACGAGUUUGAUUCUCCUUACUGGGACGAUAUCUCUGAUUCAGCUAAAGACUUUAUAGUCCACUUGAUGGAGAAAGACUCCAACGUACGUUCAACCUGUGAUCAGGCUCUGCAGCACCCCUGGAUUGCUGGGGAUACUGCUCUGGAGAAGAACAUCCACGAGUCUGUCAGCGCUCAGAUCAAGAAGAAUUUUGCUAAGAGCAAGUGGAAGCAAGCAUUCAACGCUACAGCAGUGGUCCGUCACAUGAGGCGUCUCCAGCUGGGCACCAGUCACGAGGGACCCAACCCCACCCUGCCAGAGGCUUGUUGCGAGGGAGGGUGCUCCCAGAACGUGGAUGGUGAGGCUGACCAUCUGUCCAACUGCACCUACCGCUGCCACCCGACCAGCAGGGUGUGAUCCCAGCGCCCGCUCCACUUUCUUGCCUAAUCAAUCCCAGUGACUUUCCAAUUUUAAUCCCCCUCGGUGGAACCGGAGGCAACAUCUCCCCCCUUAUCUGGUUAGGAAUACAGCGUCAUUCCAACCUCUCGCCUGCAGGGGGAGCAGGCCUGUCCAGCCUGAGAAGGAAGACCUAAAAUGAAAGGAGGAGUAGGGAGACUUGAUGAUGAUGAUGCACUGGAGGAUUACUUUUACAGACUGGGCUGGUAGUUUGGGAUGUGUUGAAAAGGGGGGAGAAGAUACAAAGAAGGGAGGGGGAGAUAACCUCCUCCACCAGCAUGUCAGGGGGGAUUGUUUUUGCCGAGGCAGGACAGAGCUUGUUGGACACUGUUUUUACUCAUGAUUUUUGGUUCAACCUGUCUCUUUGUUUGUUUUAUUGUUUUAUAUAUUUUUGUGUUGUCUUUCUAACCUACUGUGGAGUAUAAAUCCAGAGACAAUAUCUGCAUGCUCAGGAGAGAGUUCCCUCACAUGCAUGUUUUAGAAAUAUACCCUGUUGCAGAAAUGCAGUACGAUGCAAACGAAGGAGUGUUAUGUGCAAAGUCGUUCAUGGUGGAAAGGCAUUUUGAUAUGUUCCGGUAUUUCAAAUGAAAUUGAGUCAAAUCUUGUAAUUUACAGAUCUGCAUUAUAUGUCUUUAAGUUGUGCUUUUAGACAAUCAGUUACAGAAUAGUUUAUGCAAUGAAAACUCCAUCUAUCUACUAUGUAGCCUUUCUUGUGGCGAUAUAUUGUUUCCAUUCAGCGGUUAGGCUUUUUGAGAGGAAAGGGCUUCUCCCAUCUCUUUUUUUCAAUCCCAAACCUCUUUAACCACUCGAGCACAGGGAUAUAUCUUUGUCUAACGUGCCUUUAGGAUAUACAGUAUGAUGAGUUUGUUUUCGAGUAGCUUCUGAAAUGUUUUGUGUGUUUCUUGCAGCACAGAAUCUUUCAGUAACUUCAUAUUUUUAUGUAUCACAUUUAAUGCUUUAAGAUGCAGUUGGAUGCUUUUUGUCUCGAAGUUAAGUGCAGCACGCUCAAAAGGGAGGCCUGCGUACAUACUGUACACUGCCAUUAGAGUCUAAAUGAAAAUAACGUAACAAUAUGGAACAAUAAUGUUGUUCUCUUGAUCUUCACCAGGAGCCUCCUUUAUUUAAAAAAAAAAAAAAUCCUUCAAAUAAUGUUAAUAUUAUUUGCCAGAUGACAAUGACAAUAUUGAAGAAUGGAGUUCAUGUAGUUCUUUACAAAUCGUAGGUCAAAUUUUGUGCAAAAAUCUUGUAUUUGUAAACCUGAAAAGCAUUGAUCAGUGUGCUUAGCCGUACUCAAGGGUAGGAUUAAGAAGGUUGCUUUAAUGCAAAAAAACAACAAAAACUGCAACCAAAAUUUGAUAUGCAUCCGUCACCAUGUACUGUACCGACAUUACAAUCCUUUACUUCUUACAUUCUUUUACGGGCGCAUUUCCUCCACAUGCAGCCUGUUUAAAGCCUGGAGAUUGACUCACUUCAUCUUUACUGUACAUCCAUCUGUGCUUUUUAUGUUUGUGUGUGCAUGAAGAGUAAUUACUUUGUAUUCAUUUUUCAUUCAUCCAACUCUUUUUAAAAACAUGCAUGCACUGUUGGCUCUUUUACAAUGUAAAUUGUUUAAUUUGGGGCCAGUCAGGAACUGAGUCUUAGAUGACUGACAGAUCUCCACUAGGCAGUAAAAAUGAUGCUGAUAUCUUCCACCGACAUGAGCUUCAUCCUUCCUCUGAGCACUCAUAUCACAGUUUCUUUUUAAUUUUAAUUUUAAAAGUUUCAUUCUCUCUGAUUCAACAGUGUAGACAUUUGGAACUGAUGUGAUUUGCGUAAUGUGGCUUGAAAUUUGUCAAUCCCAUUAACAACAAUGAAUAGUGUGUACACUAUGUGUGAUAAUGUAACAGUUGCCAUGAGAUGAUCGCUUGUGAAAAGAGAGAGGGAGAGUUUUACUCAACAAGUUCAAAAUUCUCUUCCAAAGUUUGCCAUGCAGAUGAUUAAAGAGCAACACAAGUUGUAUUAACGUCUCAACAAAGCAAGUUCGAUGUGCUGCUUCAAAAUGUUUGAGCUUUAUUCUGCAUUCCUAUUGGAUAGGUGUUGUAGUGUAUUUGGACAGUAAUGUUAUUGGUGACUCCAAACUGUAAAGCGUAGUUAAAGGGAUUUUCAGUGUGAAUUGUACUUCAUGAAUUACUGUGACAGGGGAAGACCCAAACAAAAGGAAAGCUGAGGCAUGGAGUCGGCAGUUUUGUUAAUGUUGGCCGACUGACAAUAUCACAAUUUAUCGUCGGAUCAUAAAAACAACUCUGCUAAUUUGACACAUAGCACAUAUAGCCACACACACUGUCAUUAAUCUCCUGCAGUCUGAUUUAGCUCCUGUAAUUUGCCUACUGGUGAUUAUUCAUUUUAUUAAUAUACAACGUUCUUUUACAUACUCCAGAUCCUUUUGUUUCAGCACACUCAAUCCCAAAAGUACUCAAAUUACAAUGUUUCCCACAAACCCUAAAUGAAAAAUACAUUUCAAGGAAAUAUCUAGAGAUAUAUUGUAAGAGAAUAGUUUGUUAUACUUGAGCGCUGUGAGUGAGGAUUGAACAAACUAACCUAACAAAAAAACACUUUUGCUGAGGCAAAGAACCUGGAAGCGGAAAAAGGUUUUUACAUUCCAGUGCAAUGAAACAAGUUAACCAAAUUGUAUCCCAUGACCUCACCACUCAGCCACCUUGGUAGGAAAACAGCAGGAGUGAUAUGACAUGCAUUCAUUUUAUUUGUGGAUUUUACAGUGCAUCCGACUGAAGGAAAGAGUUAACUUGUGUGAAGGUUUCUCCUGUAGAGAAUGACCAAUGUGUGAUAAGAUUUGUUGUAUACAAAUGAGUAUUUGUACCAUAAAUAUGUUGCCUUUUAAGAAAUUAUGUUUCGGGCUACAGUACCUACUGUACUAUACACAGAUGCAAUGCAUCAUGGGUUGUUGAAAAGUGACUGCUGCUCAGUGUGAGAGCCAUCGACUUGUGCUUAAAACAGAUUUGUAAGUGAAAAAUACAUUAAAAUCCCUGUCUAUGCAUUAUAAA